AUGGAGGGUUUGUCUCGAAACAUCCAAUCAAGGAAGGAAAUCGAGAAACAAAGCCGAGGUUCAUGGCAUCCCAACAUAAAAUUCCGACAGGUCUCCAUGCGUAGUGAUGAAUUGUUUAUUGGUGGUGGGGAGGAGAGUGUGGAGUUAGAGCUCCAAAAGCAUAGGGGAAAGGGUGUGGCACAACAGGUUUAUGUUCAUCCUCCUUACUCCAUUAUUGCUCCAAACCCUUCUGUUGUGUUGGAUUUGGAGGACAAAUCCCAAGAUGACAGGUGCAUUUUUCAUCAUCAUGUGCCCCUAAAUCCAAUAGAAGAAGUAGAAGAGGGAGAAGUGCAACCUCCGUGCAAAAUCUGUGCUUCUUCUUCACAGCCAGUUGCAGCAAAAGAGAGCACAUCAAUCAUCCAUGGAAAUCCUACUACCAUACCAUCAUAUACAGGAUUACAAAUUGAUCCUGAAUUAAUUGCUGCCAUAGCUACACUUGUCCGACUUUCCCAAAAUGAUUUAAUAGAUCCUGAUCUCUUGACCAUGUUUCUAAGCAACCCACAAUUGGUUGAGCAGGAGAUGAAAGUGCUACUAGCUACAAGAAAUCACCUUGCAACUGAGAAAAUACCAAAACCCAACAUGGCUGAUCAAAGAAAGCUUGAACACAUAGCACUUCCCCAUGCAGGAAUGCCAAAUAUGGCUGCUGGUAUGAUGUUGAUGCUCCUUAUGCAAAGAGAAGGAGGGCAUAACUAUGGCGGAUAUGGCGGAGAGAAGUGUCAAAGAGAGGGAAGCUAA